UGUUGAAAUUACACUGACAGUUACUCCUUAGGAAAAUCUCUGAACUCACAAAACAUUGCGAAAAAUUCGUUUAAGGAGUUUUACAAAAACACAGUUUCAGACUGGCGUCCCCUUGAGUGUUUCCUUCAUUCCCAUGAAAUUCCUUGAUCCAGGAAAUGGAUCAGGAUGAAAGGCAGAGAAAAUUAGAGGCCGGACGAGCAAAGCUUGCUCACUUUAGACGGCGCCGGGCAAAAAGCGAAAGUUCGAGCACGCAGAAAAAGACGCCGAAGAGGAAGGGCCAGACUGUCCAAACGGAUGAACGGUCAGCGCAAGAGCGCCACCUAGAGGAGCCGCAGACAGACGAUUGUCAUGGAGAGAUCAACAAGGAACCCUCAGAGGCAUCACUCAGACCUGAUGGCACAGACAGCAGUGUUCCAGAGGUCCAUCAGUGCAGCAGAGAGGAUGAUGAAACUGAUUCCCAGGAACAGAGGUCCUCUUCUGGGUCUCUUGCAGAGUCAGAGCUGCCUGAUCAGGCAGAGGACGAACUUGCAGAAAUGAAUGUAGUUGCACAUACUGGCAAAGAACAACUGAAGCAAUUACAGGCUGCAGUAGAGAAACGGAAUGAGAUCAUAUCACAGCUUAGUAAGAACCUGCAGGUGGCGCUGCAGAGCAGAGAACAGGUGCAGCUGGAGGCACAGCAGCUCACUGGUCAGAUUCAAGCACUACAACAGCAACUACAGCAGGCUAAAGAAUAUCUACGUAGCAAAAGUCAAGGGUGUGUGGAUCUGACCCAGGCUGUUCAGAAUCAGCUGCAUGUACAAUUGGAGGAGUCGCAACAGAUGACCAAGGAACAACAGUGCCUCUUGGCCCAAAAAGAAACUGAGAUCACAGACCUGCAACAGAAAUUGUGUGUCAUGGAAAAAUCCCUCUCUAAGCUUCAACAUGCCUUUACCCAGAGAAGUGCUGAUCAAAAAGAUCUAAGACUUGACGAACAUGGUGAUUUAGAUUUAUCCAUUAUGAGCCCCCUGUUCCUGGAUAACGGUCCUGACUCAAACUCUGAAGCUUUAAUGCAAAGCCUUAGAGCUGAGCUAGAGGAAGAACGUAAGAACAGCCAGCGAACUCAAGUACAAGUAGAAGCAUUUCAGAAGAGGGUACAGAGUCUGGAGAAUGAGAAGACCCUGAUGGAAGCUCAUCUGGCUGCUGUUAAUGAAACACAAGCCCAGAAAUAUAAAGCAGAGAAAGAUGAACUGAACCAAGAAAUGGCUAGACUAGAUAACCUUGUGAAGGAGCUUCAAAAUCAUCUACACGAAGAGGAGGAGACAGGACAACAUAUGCGUUCCAAAUAUGAAGCCGAUAUUUCCAAUUAUGAUCUCAGGCUUCAGACUCUGGAGGAGGAAAGGGAAUUGAAUGUAGCCCAGCUAACCGAAGCUCAUGAGGCUGCCCUUAGUCGCCUGCAGAAGGAGCACUCUGACGAGAUCCGUCGCGUCCAGGAGCUGCUAAACCAGGCCCAAAGUCAACAUACUAAUUCUCAUCAUAAUUUUUCCAAAGACUUUGGUGCAGAUGUACCCUGGAACAAAGUCUCCAAAGAGCACUACACUGAAGAGACAGUCACUGAAAAUGCUGUCAGAAACAACUAUAGUUUUGACAUCUCUGCAGGGGGUUUCCAGGAUGAUCUUAUGGAGCGUUACUUGGCCUCCGAAGGACCUCAAGAAAGCUCAUUAAUUGAAGGGAGUGUGGAGGAACGUAGCCUGAUGGAAACUUCUGAGACGGCCAGGUUUGAGCUAGACACUGAGGUAAUAUUUCAUGCUUCAGAUGUCCCUAACAAUGUCACAUCUGAUGGUGAUAAGUCUGAGCCAGAACUGUCUGUUGUUCAUGGCAUUGAAGUGCCCCAACCUGAUGAAAUGUCCUUCACUGAUGCCCAGUGGGAAAACUCAACCUCGGUUGUUGAAGAGCUGAAUGAGAGCUCGGGCACUAUGGACUUGGCUAAAGAGCUUCUGAUCCAGCAGUGCCGAGACCUGUCAGAGCAGUUAGAAGAGCGGGAACGACAGCUUGAGGUUCUUCAAGAGGAGGUUCGGCACUCUGCUGAAGAGGUUGAGGAGGCACGGGAGCGUUGGAGCAAAGCUUCGGAGGAGCUGGAGGAAGCUAAGUGGGAGUUGGAGAUGGAACGUGAGAAAAGAAUUCAGUAUGAGGAAGUUAUAAGCCAAAAAAUGCAUGAAGAAGACAGCCUCAAGAACAUACUGAGUCACCUGCAGAUCCAGAAACAGAUGCAGCUUCAGGACAAUGAAAGAUUAAUGCCUGACCACACUGAUUCCAAUAAAACCUCAAUCUUUUUGUCUGUAGAGGAGAUGUUAAAGGAACUAAGGGAGGAAAAUGCCCAAUUGGUGCUAAAGCUCAAAUGUCAGGAGCAGCUAGUGAAGGAUGCCCAUGAACAGAAAGCAACUCAUGACUCUAUUGCUUGUGAGCUUUACUCUUUGCAAGCUAAGAGAGAUGAAUUUUUACUUCAACUGGAGCAACAAAAGGAAAAACACCAAGCUACUUCAGUGCUGCUUGGUCAAAGGACCUUGCAGGUGGACCGAGCCAAUAGUGAGCUUCAGCAGCUCAAAGCUGAAGUAGAGGUGAAGGUUAGACAGUUGCAGAACUUGGAGAAAGAGAAGACAGACCUUGAGUCUAAACUAAUGUGCCUUAAAGAGAACCUCACCAACAUGGAAGAGGAGAAAGCUACCCUUGAAAGAUGUCUCCAAGCUCUGGAGGACCAAGCAAAGAGCAUGGAGAAGGUUCUUGAAUCAGAACUGAAGAACUUUGAGCACCAAAUUGAAUCAAAGGAUGCAGAGCUCAAGGAAUUCAAGGAAGCACAAGAGAAGGCAGAAGAGGAAUACAUGGAGAAGGAGAGUGCCUUGAUGAAAGAACUCAUCAUAGUCAAACAGGAUCUGGAAGAAAGACAGAAGCAACAUGAGGAGGAGAAGAAAAUUCUGGAAGAGAAACACCAGAAAGAGGUUAAAUACUUGAAUGUACGUUUUGAGCGUGAACUUUCCGAGCAGUCUGCUCGUCUGGAAGAUGAGCAGAAGAGACCGAUCAGCAUGAUUAAACAGGUCUAUGAACGAGAACAUGAGAGGGAGCUGACACAGCUGGCUGCCCAACAUAGUGAGGAAAUUGGCAGACUUAAAGAUGAGCUCUCCAGGGAGCUGCAAGACGGCCUGGAGGCUGCACACCAGGCUGAGCUACUCCAAACACAAAGCCAGCACAACUUGGAGCUUGAAGCCUUGCGUCUGAGUUUGACAAACUUGCACACUGCUCAGCUGGAGCUUUCUCAAACCAACAUGCAGAAAGAUAAGGAAGUGGCCCUCAGCGAGCUGCAGACCAUGUUACGAGAGAAAUGGGCACAGGAAAGCGCCAUGCUGCAGACACGCCAACAGUUUGAGCUGGAGCGAAUCCGUGAGCAGAGCCGAGAGCAGGAGCAACGAAACCAACGAGUGCACCAGCAAGAGAUUGAUAAUCUGAAUCAGGAAUGGGAGAGGAGAGUUUUGGAACAGAAGAGCUCAGUGGAGCAAUUUGUGCAGUGCGAUGUUUUCUUUUCUCCAUAGGAUCUAAAGGCAGAGUGGCUCUUGGAGGCUAAGAAGGUCAAGACAGAACUCCAGAGUCAAUUAAAUGAUGUCCAUCAUAAACUUAGUGAGACCCAGGCGGCCCUUACUGAGGCUGAAGUAGCUCUCUCAGAGACGCAGGGUAGGCUAGAAGACCUGCAGCAUUCCAGAGAUCAAGACAUUAAGAAUCUGGAAAAAGAGCUCAACCAGGCCUUGACUGACAGAGAUGCUGCUGCACGUGCACUUGAGGAGUUGGUUGCUUGUCACAAGGCGGCUCUGCAGGAGCAGCUGGAACGUUCUCGAGCCCUGGAGCAGAGAGGAAAAGAGUUGAAGCGAGAGGUUGAGCGUCUGCAGUCAGAAAAGGUGGAACUGAAGACCAGUUCAGAACAGGAGAUCUCAAACCUCUGGUCCCAGCUGGAGAGCAUGAGAACCAACAGACAGGAGCUCGGAGAGCUGAAAGAGCAGUUGCUUGCACGCUCGUCGCGGGUUGAUGACAUUGAGCUACUAAAACAAGAAUUCGCUCAUCAGCGGCUGGAAAUCGAAGAGCAGAAUGAGAUCGAGCUGGAAAACCUCCGCACCUAUUUCGAGCAGAGACUCCAGGUCACAGAAGAGAGUCAUCGGGAAGAAAUCGCACUCCUGCAGCUGCGCCUUGUAGAGGGAGCCCUGGAGGACUCGUUGCUCAAGACUGGAGAUGCAAGCUUUUUUUCAGAAGGGAAGAGCGAUGAUGACAGGAAUGAUGCCAUGGAAGAGAUCACAAGACAACUAGAGAAACACAAGGAGGAGCUGGAUUCUCUGCGGCUGCAGUUAGAGGAGAGACACCAGCAGGAACUGGAGCAGCUGCGGUCCAGCAUGGCUCUGACUUAUAAAGAAGAACUACUCCAGUCUCGCACUGAGCUCACUGACCGAUACUACAAAGACAUUGACCAGCUCAACACCAAACAUGCCCAUGAACUAGAACAGCUCCGUGCCAAACUCUCAGACAACCAUAUCAAAGAAAUAAACAAGAUACGCCUACAGUCUGCACAGGAUGUAGCGAGGCAGGUGGAGGCUGAGGUGAAGGAGAGGACUCAUGAGCACCAGACCAAGGUGACCCAGUUGGAAACCCAGCUAUCUCAGCUCUCCUUAAUGCACUCAGAGGAACUGGAGAAAGUGGUAGCGCAACACAGAGAUCAGCUCAGACAGAUGGAGGAGACACAUCAGAAAGAUGCUGCUGAAGAGUUAAGGGUGCGUCUUGAGGAGGCGCAGAAGGCAGAGAGGAAUCGUGUGAGUGAGGAGUUCACUAAAGGGCAGGCCCAGCUGAGGGAGCAACUCCAAAUUCAGGCUGAGCAGCGCUUGGCAUCGCAGAGAGAAGAGCUUCAGAGAUCUGCUCUGAAAGAGGAGUUGGAGCAGAGGCUUCUGGAGGUCCAAAAACUCCUUGAUGUGGAAAGGGAGAAGCUUCAAGCACUGCAGAAGAGUCUGGAGUGUGAAGAGAGCCCUCAGGUGGUAGUGUUGAAGCAGAAACUCCAGGCUCAAUAUGACAGAGAGUUGUCCACUGCAAAGAGUGCCAUGGCAGCAGAGGUGAAAGAGCUGAAUGCUCUACUCCAGGAUCAGAUGGAGAGCAAGCUACAAGAGGCCCUCUGCAGGCACCAAGAAGAGCAGAAACAACUGGAAGAUAAGUUGACCCUUCAAAGAGAUGCUGCCCUGGGUCAACAGAAAGAACAGCAUGCUGUGGAGCUACAGGCCCAGAAAACACUCCAGGACCAGCGAGUUGCACAAUUAGAGCGUCUUGAAAAGGAGUGUCUGGAACUUAAAAUACUCCACCGGGAGGAACUGGAAUCCCUGAGGACCAGUCACAAAACAGCCUUAGAGACCUUGGAGAUGGAGCUUACAAAUAAACACAAGGUAGAGCUUGACAGAUUGGAGGUGGUCCUUCAGGAGACCAACCUGGCACAGCUUGAAGCUCAAGAGGCGGAGCUUCAGGCACGACACAAGCAGGAGAGGGAGGAGCUUGAGGAGAGGCUGUUGGCAAAUAUGGAUACACUGGAGAGCACGUACUUGAAAGAAAUCCAGGCAGUACAGGACGAGAAGGAAAGAGAACUGCGUGACCUUGUAGAACACUAUACUGAAGAGAUUGAGAGGGUGAGAAAGGAGGAGCAAACCAUCAGAGAGGACCUCAGAAGUGAGCUUGCUAAGGUCCAUAUGGAUAAAUUCAGCGCCAUGGCAGCAGAAUUGAAUCAAGCCCAUCAGGUGGAGAUCUCUGAAGCUGUGUCCUCUCAGAGGGCUGCUCUGGAGGAUGAGCAUCGAUCUGCUUUGGAAGCUCUUCAGCAGCAAGUAGUUGCUUUAGAGAAGCAGCAUGUCGCUGCCCUUGUGGAGAUCACGGAUCUUGCUGCUGCAAAAGAAAAGCAACACGAGCAACAACUGGAUGUGCUGGCUACUCAACAUCAGCAACAGUUACAAGAGUUAAGAGGAGUGUCUGCCAGGGAGCUGGAGGCUCUGCAUAGGGAAUUAGAGGAAGAAGCGUCAAGGCAACGCCUCCACUUCCUGAAAGAGGCCGAGCUUCUCAAGUGCAAGUCUGAGGAGCUGCUGCAGCAGACAAUUGCACCGUUAAAGGAGGAGAGUGACCAGGAAAAAGCUGUUGCUCUUGAGGAGCUGGAAAAGACUUUAAGACAGCAACACGAGCAAACUGAACUCGCCUACAGUGACAAGAUGAGCCAACUCAAUGUGCAACUACAGCAGCUGGACACUGUAGUUUCACAGCUGCGAGCGGAGGUGAGCGGGCUGCAGGUGGAGCUACAGGGCAAGCGGGCAGAGAUGGACACGCUGGAGACGCUCCUGCAACGCAGAGACCUGGAGAACCAGGAGGGAGACAAUCUACUAGCCAUGCUCAGAGCAGACCUCAACACGGCCACACAGCAAAGACAAGACCUGCAAACAGCACGUGACAAACUACAGCGGAUGCUCAUAGAGAUUAUUCGAAUCACUAUGGCAAUGGAAGAGCACAUCAGCCACAAGUUAGGGGUUUGUGUGUCAGGUGGUCGGGCUGGAGACAAAACGCCCAGCUCUAGGACAGCCAGCAGUAGCCGUGAUUCACGUGAAUUAGGAGAGGUGAUUGGUGUAGAGGGAGAUGCUGAUUGUAGUGUGUGGUCUUCGGCUGUGGACGAGGGUUUGGAAUUGUCUCAGAGGCUGUGUGAGAGUGUGUUCUCUGGGCCUGAGGGAGAGAUGGAGGCCGAAGGCGAAGAGCUCAUGCUGGGUGCCUGUACACGUCUGCGCACUGCUGUGGAUAAACUACUGGAGCUGCUCUCCAAGUCCUCACAGCAGUUGGAGCAGAUGUGUGGUCUGCAGGCCGUGCUAAAUGAGCGGUUCAGAGAUGGAGGUGAGGCUGGAGCAUCUCUGCUGUUUCAGAACUCUCAGCUCCUGGAGCAGCUGGAUCAUGAGGCUAAUCUGAAGAGCCAGCUACAAUUGGAGCUGCACAAGUCCGAAGGUCUGAUGGAAGGCUACGUAGCUGAGAAAGCAGCUUUGGAGGAGGCACUUCAGCAGAAGGAAACGCAGCAGCAGCGUCUGGCAGAGGAGCUGGAGAGCACUCGCAUUCAACUGCAGCAGCUCAGUGAAAAUCAUGCCCUCCUCCUGCGUCAGAGAGAAGCCCUCACGGCCGGCCUCAGAGACACUGAGAAGGCUCUGCUAGCGGAGACUGAGCGUCUGGGGCAGGAGUGUGUGGAGGUGCAGCGGCAGGCGGAGAAGGACUGCGGUGGUUUGGCGUCUCGUCUGCAGAUGCUGGAGCAGGCCUUGGAGGAGCAGGAGAGUCGUGCGCAUCAGCUGGAGGAACAGCACCGCCUGCAGACUGAGGACCUGCAGCAACACAUUGAUGCUCUGGAGAAACAGCUCAAACAUAACCGCCAGUUCAUAGAUGAACAAGCAGUGGAGCGGGAGCAUGAGAGAGAUGAAUUCCAGCAGGAAAUAAAAAAUCUGGAAGAUCAAUUGAGACAACCAUCUAAAGUACACACAGGAGGGGACAGCAAGGGUCAGAGGGUAAGGGUCCAUGUCUAGAACUUUAUGGCGCUUUUCCACUGCAUGGUACGGCACAGUACAGCUCGGUACGGUUCACUUUUGGGGGCAGAGGAGCAGAUCCAGCGAGAUGUGGAAGAGCGUAAUGAAGAGAUUGAAAAAUUGACAGCUCGUAUCCGUGAGUUGGAGCAGGCAUUGCUGAGCUGUGCAGAGGCCAGCCGAACUGGAACACAGCUGGAGCAAGAACUUCAGAAAGCACGCAAAAACCUUCAGGAGCUCACACAGGAUAAAGAAGCUUUGCAGCAGCAGCAGUAUGUUAAUAAGCUUCAGAUCUCUGCCCUACAGUCCAAACUUGAUGAGACCAGACACCGUUUCCCUGAUGUGACCCCUGACCCCAACCUCCGGGAGCAGCUUGAAGCCUCACAGCAGGAUCUGCAGACCAAAGUACAACAGGUGGAGUUGCUGUCAGAACGUAUAAGUGAGCUCGAGAAGGAUUUGGUAGUGAGGGAGGAAGAGGUCGGACAACUAACACUACAGCUGGAGCUCAAAAACACAGAGAGCAGAGCUACAGAAGAGCAGCUCCACAUGCACAUCACUCACCUGCAGGAGACUGUGGACACUUUAACAAGGCGACUAGAAGAGGGCAGUGACGAAUCCAUCCUUCAGCUGCCUUCUGCCCUUCUGGAGGAGAAGAAUCUGGAGAUCGACCACUUAAACCAGCAGAUCCUCCAGCUGCAGCAAGAGCUUGACACGACCAGUGAUAAUAAGACUCUAGAGGAAAAGCAAGCUGAGAUUGAAGACCUGCGCUCUCUGGUUGAACGUCUUCGUUGUGACCUGCAACGUUUACGGCAGGCAAAGGAAGAAGAGACUGAGCAACUCCACGAGGUUAUUAACAAGCUUCAAGAGGAGUUAAGCCAGCUUGACCCCAACUAUCAUGAGGUCAGUGACCCCAACACUGACAGCCCCGAGUCAUCUGACUUCCCCUGGUCCCCUCAUCCUCGCCAACAGAGGGCGCCUGAGGAAAGCCUGUGCCAGGAGCUCAGUAGCCACAUGCUGCAGUCGUCUCGCGCUCGCUUGCAGGAGUUACAGAUUAAACUGGAGCGAGCAGCUGAAGAGAAGGACUCUCUACAGAGACUGUUGCUCUCCCAAGAAGAACAGUAUGGAAGCCAGGUGGAGGCACUCGGCCGGAGUCUUGGAGAGGAAAGGGGGAAGGUGGCUGUGUUGGAACAGGAAGCAAAUGAGCUGAAACUCCAGCUAGAGGAGAAGCGGACAGAAGCUGAGAGAUUGGCGGAUCGUGUGGAAGUGUUGGAAGAUACAGAGCAAGCUCAUCAGUCCAGGCUUAGAGAGUCUGAGCUCCAGCUGAGAAGAGCGGAAGUGAGAAGAGACGAGGUCCAGCAGGAGCUUGGCAGGCUGCAGGAGGAGGUGAAGAACCAGUGUGUUGAGAAGGAGCUUCUGGAGAACCAAAUCUCGAAACUGCAAAACAAAGAAGAGGAAUAUCAGAAUGAACUUGUCGCUUUACAGUUCAAACUCGACGGGCUUGAGGAAAACGUCCAAGUAGGCAAAGCCACCAUCAUUGCCUUGGAGACAAGCAAAAGUGAACUGUCCAUUGAGAGAGAGGCUCUGAGAAAACGGGAGGAAUGCCUCCAGGAGGAAAUAGAGCGUUUGAAACAGGAAUUGACAUCAAAGACUAACUACAUUAAAGAACUACUUGAUCAACAUAAGGACACGGUGGCUAAACAAGGGGAAGCUCAAAAAGAAGUACUGACGUGUGCUGAAGAGACCUUGGCUAAAGCUGAGACUGCUUUACGUGAGAGAGAACAGCAGCUGAUCCACCUGAGGGCGGAGUGUGAUGCUCUAAGGGCGGAGCUAGCAGCUGUGAAGGAGGGGCUUAGUACCAGCACAGAGAGAGCUGAAAAGCUACUGGAAGAGGGACAGACGAAAGAUCGUGCGUUGGCUGAUCUCGAGGUCCAUAACCAGCACCUGAAAGCAGAGCUGCGGAGUCUGCAGGAUGACCUGGCUGUGCAGGAAGAAGAGCUGGCCUAUCAGCAGCAGGAGCUAGAGCAGCUCCAACAGCGCUGCAACCUGCAGGACCAUCAUCCCAAACAUGGCCACCGUUUUCUUGAAGGCCUUUCCCGUGACCCAUCCCUCUCUGCUUCCUUAUCUUCACCAGAAGUCCUGCGUAGGUUGGAGUACAGUGAAGAGCACCCCUCUCGUCUGCAUGUGUCUCACCUCUCAGACCUCAGUGCGCUACACAGCGCCAGCCUAGAGCUCCACAGCAAGCCUUCGCCUAUGGAGCGGGACAAAGAGAGACCACACGCCAGACAAACUUUUAUCCCACCUUCAGAGGAAGUCCCACCCAGCAUACACACUGGAUCCCCUUGCUCACUUACUGUGUCCGAACACCUUUCUGUGCUUGACUCCCUGGAUGCAGAUACGGUUCAUGAAUUGGACAAUUCAGAUGUGACGCCAUCUCUGUCUCCACUUGGUUCCAACUCUCCUGGGUCUGUGCCGGAGUGGGUCAGCGAUGGAUAUGGCAGCAACGUGAGCUCAGAGUUGGAGGCCAUGCUGAGGCUUGAGUUGGAGAAUACAGAGCAUUUAGAUGCUCAUUUUGUGGAGUAUCUGCGCUGCAGAGGAAUGUCACCUGCUGAAAACACAGAUAGUGCUGCAGGCAGUAUGCACGAGAGCCAUGAGGCCCUCACACCUGAGUUACAAGCUAUGUUGAAGCGCGUCUACCAGGAAAGCUGUAGAAUCCUGUCUUUGUCCCAUCGCCCUGCCCCAUCUGGCCAGUCCCGCCCAGAUUCUGAGCCUGCCCCGCCCCCCUCCUGGCAGAGGGAAAGACGGGCCUUACAGGAGACCAUCUUAUCACUCAGAGAGCUGCUCUGCAGGAUGGCUGACAGGAAACCCAGGACUGACAGUGGGGAUGUGGACUGGAGGCAUGAGCUAUUGCAGGCUGUCCGCAGUUUGUUUGACAGUGAAAGGGAAUGGCUUCACUCUCAGCUUCAAGCUUUCAUGGCAACCGCUACUCAGAUGGACCUCACCCCUUUGUUGGAUCAGUUAAAGAAACUGUUUCAGAAGCAGGAGGAGCAGCAGUGGAGAUCUCUAGAGCAGCUGUUCAACGCAGACCGUCACAGUCUAUUGGCUGAGGUGCGCAGCCUGCAUGCACAGCUGCAUGCAAGCACCCAGCAGAGCCAGGAACAGCUGCGGCAGCUGCAGGAUUCCCUACACACCGCAAAAGAACAGGGCAUGGAAAUGCAACAUCAGCUGCAUAAAGAUGUAGAAGAGCUGGAGUUGCGGCUGCAACAGGAACAAACAGUGUCACAUGAUCUGCACUCCUCUCUGGAAGCUGAGAAAAGUAGGGGAUUGGAGGGGCAGAGGCAGUUGGAGGCAGAGCUAAAGGCUGUGUCAGUGCUGAAGGCGGAGCUAGAAGAGACCAGGCUAGAGCUUCAGACUACAUACAAAAAUCAAGAUGAAUUAAAGAGCCAAAUUCACAAGCUCAGGCUAAAGCUGGAAAAUGUUGAGGCUGAACAUCGAGCCUGUCUCCAGGCAUUGGAGAAAGAGCAGGCUAGAGUACAGGAACUCCAGGAGGACCUUCAGCAGCAGCGACUCAUCAACCAACAGACAGUUGAGCAAAACCACCAAACACAGGAGUCUUUGCACCAGGCUUUAAAUGAGCAAGCAUCACAUGUCAGUCAGCUUAACUCCACACUGGACCAGGAGUGUAUCACAUCCAGUAACCUGCGCUCUGAGCUCCAGAUCGAGCAGUCUCGUUGUGAGGCCCUGCUGGCCCAGGAACGCGAACGCACUGAACUUGCGCUUUCCUGCCUUGAGGAGGAACGCUCUCGAUCAGCAGAGCUAUCAGAUUCUCUCUCUCGCCAAGCCCAGGAGCAUGUGCGCCGUUUAGAGGAGGAAGCUCGGAGACAGGAAGCAGCCAGUGCCCAUGACAGAAAGUUUAUACAGGACCUACGGGCGCAACUGGAACAGGAGAGGCGUCAGGGAGAGGACCUGGCAGCCAUGUUGGAACGUCUGCAAGGGCAGGUGCUGGAAGGGAAGCGCAGGCAAGCGGAGCAGGCAGAGCAGGAGGCACACAAGGAGCAGGAGGAAGUGAGGAGGCUCCAUGCUGCUCUGGAAGGCCUGCAGACUCAGAAAACACAGGUCGGACACACUUUAGAGGCGGCGCGAGAAAGAGCUGCUCAGUUACAAACAGAGUUGGAUGUGAUGAAAGAAAAAUUGAGAGUGGUGAAAGAGAGGGAGAGAGUGAGGGAGGAGCAGAUGGAGAGGCAGAGGAGACAGGAGAAACAGGAGCAGGUGGAAAAGGAGCGACGACAGGAACGCACCAAUGAGAAACUGUUGGAGUUGGAAGUGUUGCGUGAGAAGGAUCAGCAGCGGUUGAGGCAGCUGCAGCAGACGUUGGCUGACCUGGAGCACAAAGAGAAAAGGCUCACAUCAGAAUGCCUGCAGAGAGAGACACACUCCAAUGGCCUGACCUUAGGCCAGAAUGCACUCUCAAACAUCUCUCAGGAUUCAACCUCAUCCACUAACUCUCUAAUGGAACGUUUGCUGAAGGAGAACGCCGAUUUCUCUGAGUGUCUCGCUGCUCUGAGUGAGGAGAAGAUCUCCCUCAAACACACUAUAUCCUGUUUGGAGAGAGACCUGCAAAGCCUGAAACACCAGGAGCAGGUGAAAUCUCCUGCUGUUACGGAGCAGUGUAUGUUAUCAGAGAAGCUGGACUGGCAGAAGGAAAAAGCAACUCUUCAGGCUGUGCUGCGUAAAGCAGAGGCUGAACUCUCAAAAGUCACAGCUAGCAAUGAAAACAGACCCACCUAUGACCUCUCUAAUAACCGGGUGCAGCGGCUCUAUGAGAGAUACCUGCGAGCGGAGAGUUACAGGAAGUCGCUGGUGUAUCAGAAGCAUUAUCUGCUAUUGCUGCUGGGAGGGUUUCAAGAGUGCGAACAGGCUACUCUUGUGCUAAUCGCUCGUAUGGGUGCGCAGCCGACAUUGAGCCAAUCAAAGGCCUCUAGACCUCUAAACCGCUUCAGAACAUCUGUCAGAGUAGUCAUCGCUAUCUCAAGACUGAAGUUCCUCACUAGGAAAUGGCAAAGAGCUACAAGGAAAAUCUCAGUAGGCAGUGCUACAGUUAACGGGCAUGGAACAGGACCAAGCACAGUUCCUGCCUUGAGGACUGAAGUGCUGAGGCCACAGCAGACUGGAGUUGCGUUCAACUCUCCACCCACCCAUGAUCAAGCCUUUGCGCAAAGGGGUGUGGUCUCGUCUCUGGUGCCGCCAAUCAAAUCACCCUUCAGACUGAAUCAUAGGUGA